GCGACCUAACAUGUCGAGCUAACGAAUGUUGCAGUUGAAAAUAGCUUCAACUGAGCUUCAGUGCUAACCAUUGUUUUAAACAUCUCUUUUAGGUGAAAAAGGCAAGAAACUAUGUUCUCAAAAAUAGUAUAUGGUUCAUUCCUCAUCUUUCGUUGUCUGGGUGUAGGGUUAGUUUACCUCUCAUGUAACCAUGCAUGUGCAGUGUGCAACUUAACAUGCUUAGAAACAAGUUCAGCAAGUCAACAUGUCUGAUAGGUUGGCUGUCCUUCAGAUUCAGUGUGUGUUUAGGAAAAGUUGUGUGUGUGAAUGUCAUGUCACACCCAAUAUAUCUGAGUAGUCAUAUCUUUUACCUCCACCCUAACGAUUUUGGCAUUUCAGUUUAUAGUUUAUAUUAUACAGGUCACCUGAUAAAGUUUGUUGCCCCGCCUGCCAGCUGUUGAUACACAUGCCACAGCUGCUGUGGUCAAUAUUUAACCUCUAGAUGAGGUAUUUUUGACUGACAUUGUGUGCCUUAUCACUGUCAAUCCUCCCAUUAGGUACACUAACAGUGCUCUAAACAAGUGGAACAUUCAUUGUCUGAAGCUGGUGUGCCUUUCCAUGAUGGAACAAUAAUGAGGCCCGGUGAAUAGCCUGACAUGACGGCAAAAAUGCCAGUGCCUGAACGCACAGUCUGCAUGGGUGAAUUGGCGUUAGACAUCUUGCAACCGGAGCACCUUUACAAAACACCCUGACGGUCGGUGUCUGUGGGCGUCAGCUUCCUUCUGGUUCUACUUCCUGGCUUCUGUUGUUGCUCAACACUUUCUCAUCUCCUCUUAGGAGGGGCAGAAUGCUUUGAGUAGUCAGAGUAAUUUCUUCAGCUGUCUUGGUAUAAUGCAAGCACAUGUGCUUCUGGAGUUUACUUGAGCGAGGCACUAAAUCCAUGCUGGGUCUUGGAAUGCUUUGCAGUGGACUUUGACCUCACUGCAGAGACAGACAGUGGAUAAGAGGAUCUCCUCACAGGAAUAGGUGUUAAAACAUCACUUAAGAAAAGACGUUCAGCCUCCGAUUGGGCCUCUGGAGUGCCCCUCCCCUUCGCCACCCCAGUACCAUGCUGGGUACACUCCUGCGGAGGAACAUGUCCCAGAAGCUGAGUGUGCUGCUGGUGGUAUUCGGCCUGGCGUGGGGACUUAUGCUGCUGCGCUACAUUGUGCAGCAGCCUCGCCAUCAGAGCAGUGCUGAACUACGUGAGCAGAUCCUGGAGCUCAGCCGGCGGUAUGUCAAGGUCCUGACAGAGGAGAACCAGAAUGCACCAGGUGGGCCGCAGGGAACCUCCAUGGCUGGUUAUGCUGACUUGAAGAGGACUAUCGCUGUGCUACUAGACGACAUUCUGACGCGGCUGGUCAAACUGGAGGGGAAAAUCGAGCUGGCGGGCAAUUCCUCCUCCACUAACACCUCCCAUGCAGCUGGGGGCGUCCUCGCCUCUGCUAGCGCUGCCCUACAGAAAUCCUCAAAGCAGGAGUCACAUGGCAGCCACCCAGGGACGUCACGCCUUCACCCCCACAUCCCUAAUAGGCCUAGGCCACAUCAAGGAGCAUAGUCUUGAUAGAUGUAUUGAUUUUAACUUUUUUUUUUUUUUUUUUUAGCACAGCACACUUUUCCAGCAUUUAUCACUGAUGUUACAACAUCAGACAAAUGAAAAGCAAUAGAGAGACAAAUGGACAUCCAGAAAAUUUGGGAUGCUUCUCAGAAAUGUUCAGCCAACUCAGAGGGAAGAGGGACUUCUUUAUGCUCUGUCUUAUCAUAUGCUGAUAUUUAUUUAUUUUUUACCAAGACUAUCCAGCACAUGUUUUUAUAUUUGCAUUGCUGAUUUUAUUUGGAUUAGAUUUUUCUUUUUAUAAUGCCAUAUUCGAAUCUUAUGACUGUUCAAGCAACUGCAGUGAGGUAUAAAUACUCGUGGAACUGAACCAGAUUCUCAUAUGCUUCAUCAUAAAAAAUAAUGGCUUGAAAUACUCCCCUAUCUACAUCAGUAAACUACUUUACAAUACUGCUUCAAUAUAUCAAAAUGCUGAACUUAACAGUACACUCAUGAUAGUUAGGAAUAGCUGGUUUGUCAGGUUUUAGCUGGUGAAGUCGCUAAUUGCUGUAUGAAGAAGAUUCUACUUUUAGCUUACACAUAGUUUUAAGAAUAAUUAAAAUGUAUAGUUCGCCAGAUAAUCCAAAGAAUGUUAUUUGCACUUCAUCUGAAGGCAGGAUAAUGAUGUAUUUACAAUUGCUGGAAGACAGUUUGAGGGUUAUGAAGAAUAUGAUGGGAUGAUGCCUAUUUGCCACUGUAAACAUGAGUGUGUGUGUUCUUUGUCUCAAAUCCAAUGGCGCCCUUGUCCAGUGUUGACAAAUGUUUGAUUUAGGUGUGUAGCAGAUUGAAUGUACUGUUUGUGUAGUCAGUCUUAAGCCCUUUAGUGCUGUUAAGAUGCCUGACCUACUGCUUACACAUGUUCAGGGUUCAUGUUGCACUGUGACUCUAUAGAGAUUUUCUAAAAAUACUGGGCUCAUCCAGCUCUGACUUGAGGGAUAUUUAGGAAGGUGAAAGUCAGGCUCUGGAGUAUUCAUUCUUCCAGACUUUCUGGUGGUCCUGAGUAUGGUUUCCAUAAUACUGAGAAGAUCUGGCACCUACCCAAAGGAAAAAGAUCUUUAAUUUUCACAUCAUGAUGUGAUACUUUCAUCUGUACUUCUUAAAUAUGAGGCAAAAAAUUGCUUCAUAAUGUUGCUUAUAAAACUUAAAUAUACAUGAAGGCCUUUAGACUGAAUUAUCAAACUGUGGUUUGACUAUGCUGUGUCUGCUUUGCUUCAUAAUGCUAAAGUAGAAAAGAUGGUGAGCCGGUCAGCUGCUGUGAGAUAGCUUUACUAAUAAAUUGACCUUAUGGAAAAAACUAUCUCCCCUCAUUUAAAUUUAGGUUAUUGCUGUACAUUAAAUGUGAGGGGGGGAAAUGUGCCUGGUGUCAUUUAGGAGAGCAUGUACCCCACAAGACAAUUAAUCCAGUUCAGUUGCCAAAGAGGGCAUCCCCUGUUCGAGUGUGUGUGAAUGUUUAAGUGAAUGUAUGAAGAUGAGUUUGGGGUUCGUUAAGUUUUACUGACUACACUGCAAACCUUUGAGGGCCUUGAUGAUAUAAUCACUAGUGGAAGAACUAUUCAUAUCCUUUAGUAAAAGGACUAAUACCACACUUUGGAGAUUACUCAUUUUUAAAUAAAUUCCUGCAAAUGA